GGAGAAGAGGGAGAAUUUGGACCAGAUGGUGAUAUUGGUGAUCCGGGCCCUAAUGGAUCAGAUGGUCAGAAAGGUCCUAAAGGGCCAUCUGGUGAGGUUGGGAGCAAGGGUCAUCGUGGGCUUGAUGGGGCAAUCGGAAUAAAAGGCAAAAAGGGUGAAUCUGGGGUAAGAUUUAUGUCACGUGUUUUUUCUAAAGGUUAA